UCGGCCAAUAAGCAAGUUUAAAUUGACGUUUCCACUUGCCCAACUUCUUAUGAAUCCUCACCACCCUCAUUGUAUACGAUACGUAGGUUUUACAGGUCGUGUAGGUACUAGCGUUUGAUGUUUUCCUCAGUAAAUAUUAGAAUACACAGAUGCGUUUUGUUGUUAGCGAGGCAGGCUAGGCUAACUUCAGCCGAGCAACUUCAACGUGAACAAUAUAGCUCCAAUUUGGGUACUAAGAUUCCACAGAUUAUGAUUUUAGUUCACUAAAGUCGUCACCAGGAGCGUCACACGUCGAGUAUUCACAACAUUCGAUCAAAAUUAAGCAGGAUUUAUUCAAUUAUGAUCGAGCUGGCCAGAGCCUCCUGUUUAAGAUGCCACCAGUUUGGGGACCUCAAUCAUAAGCCAAAAAAAAAAUAAAAAUUAUACAAUGACUUUCAAAUGCCAUUGAAUAGUUUUUCAAGAGCCACAGUUUUUCUGCAAGCCAUUUAUAUGUUUCCAUUGACACCUUAUUUUGUUCAAGGGAGAUGUAAUGUUUUAAGCUACGGUUAUCGUUUGAUCUUUUGUCUUGAAGAUCCGUUGACAAACGAACACUACAACGAGAGGUGAUUGAUGCACUUGUGCUGGAGUGAGGAAUAAAGAAAGAAGCCACAUGUGAAACUCAAGAGCAAGUUUCGUCCCGUUAUUCUUAGAUUGAACUAUAACACGUCUCAUUAUAUUGCAAAAUCAUAACAGCUGGUUUUCUAAUCUAUGACCAGGUAAUAAUAAAGGGCGAGUGAUCCAAGGCGUCAUCAUAGGAGACUUUACGUAUUAUCAAACCCAUGGUGUGUCAAUUGCCUCAGUCACAUGGCUCCACAUCCCUCGCAACGGCGAUGUGUUUACUAAACGCAAAUAGUGUCGGGGGUUUAAUUCUAGUUAUAGUUCGGUAUUGCAAUAUUCCGCAGUUUUUCCCCACGCGGCAGGAAGCAUUCUGAGAUAGAACACAAAUGGUGGUGAAACUACGCCCGGACUAGUAAGAAACAUGAUGGAAUACUUUAGUCGUGAAAACGCGUCUGCGGUGUAUGGGAAUGCUAAUUUACUAAGUGCAAGUGAAUCCAACACUGCGCGUCAGGGAGAACGGAGGCGGUCUAGUGACGUCUGACCGCUCUAACCUACCCGACCAGACCUUGACUGAGUAUUUCACAGGCGCACCAAGACUUACCACGGUAAGCCUUUCUUCGGGGUCAUCAUGGGGGCAGUGGACCAGAUCCACUUCACCACGGUAGACUAUGUCAUCUUUACAUUGCUGUUGGUGGCUUCAGCUGGUAUUGGCUUAUAUUAUGCCUUCUCUGGUGGACGCCAGCGUACAACACAGGAGUUCCUGAUGGCUGACCGUUCAAUGAGCUGGCUUCCUGUAUCUCUGUCACUGCUCGCCACUUUCCAGUCAGCUGUAGCAAUUCUGGGUGCACCGUCUGAAGUGUACACAUUCGGGACAGAGUACUGGUUUCUGGGCUGCUCGUACUUCCUGGGACUCCUCAUCCCAGCUCACGUUUUCAUACCAGUCUUCUACAGGCUGCGGCUUUCCAGCGCAUAUGAGUAUCUGGAACUGCGUUUUAACAAGACAGUCCGCAUAUGUGGGACUUUGACCUUCAUCUUUCAGAUGGUCAUUUACAUGGGGGUAGUACUAUAUGCACCAGCCUUGGCUCUUAAUGCAGUCACUGGUUUUGACUUAUGGGGAGCAGUGCUUGCCAUGGGACUUGUGUGCACUCUCUAUACCUCUCUGGGGGGCCUCAAGGCAGUGAUGUGGACUGAUGUCUUCCAGACAGUGGUAAUGUUUGCAGGGCAGCUGGCUGUUAUCAUUGUAGGAGCACAUCAGGCAGGGGGGAUUGCAGAGGUCUGGAGGAAAGCAGUGAACGGCAGCCGCAUUGCGGGACUUGACCUAAACCCAGAUCCUUUGGAGCGCCACACCUUCUGGACGUUGGGUGUUGGCGGAAUCUUCCUGAUGCUGGCUCUAUAUGGCGUCAACCAGGCCCAAGUUCAGAGAUACCUCAGUUCUCGCACUGAGAAAGAAGCGAUCAUGUCAUGCUAUGUGGUAUUUCCAUGCCAGCAGAUCGUCCUGUGUUUAGGUUGUCUGAUGGGGCUUGUUAUGUUUGCUCGCUAUGGAGAAGACAGCCCUCUAAAUAAGGGCAGUGUCACAACAAAGGAUCAGAUGGUGUUAUACUUUGUGAUGGAUGUAUUCAAGGAUCUGCCUGGCCUUGCAGGCCUGUUUGUGGCGUGUCUCUUCAGUGGUGCACUCAGCACUAUCUCUUCAGCCUUCAACUCCCUGGCAACAGUAACCAUGGAGGACCUAAUUAAACCUCAUUUUCCCAAUUUGACUGAGUCUAAAGCCACACUCCUGUCCAAAGGACUUGCUCUGGCCUAUGGCUUGAUAUGUCUGGCCAUGGCCUACCUUGCCUCAAUAAUGGGAUCUGUGUUGCAGGCAGCCUUAAGCAUCUUUGGGAUGGUGGGCGGUCCCUUGCUGGGCCUCUUUUCCCUAGGAAUGUUCUUCCCUUGGGCAAACUCUACUGGAGCAUUGGUUGGAUUAGCAGCAGGCCUUGUCAUGGCUUUCUGGAUUGGCAUUGGCAGUUUUGUAAUGAAUAUGCCUGCUUCAAGUACUGUGUCACCACUCAGUACCGUCACCCCACCCCCAUUUGAGAAUAUACCUACUACAGUUAUGACUUCACUGGUCAACGUGACUACAACCAAACCUAGGCCAACAGGUAUUGCUGCACUGUAUUCAUUGUCCUACAUGUGGUACAGUGCUCACAAUUCAACCACUGUUGUUGUAGUGGGACUCCUCGUCAGCCUACUUACAGGAUCAAUGAAGGAGAAGCAACUGACCCCCGGAACAGUUUACCCAGUCUUGGGGAAUCUGCUUUUCUUUCUGCCUCAACGCUACCGAGAAAAGCUCUGCUGCAUCACUCCUCUAGCACAAAAGCCCACCGAAAUCCAAGCGCAGCCUUAUGAGAGGGCCAAGAAAGGAGCAAAUGGAGCAGCUUACUGCAAAGAGGACGCGGUCACCGAGGACAAAGAAAUGGAGAGCGAUAGUGUGCAGACAGAAGACGAGGAAAGCAGGGCAGCCCUGGCGUCAUGCAAGCUGACUGCUCACUGCGUCGAGGAAACAGCCCUCUAGAACUCCUUUUCACUUCAACUUGCCCUGAAAAGGAAAACUGAAUAAAAUGUGAAGAAGUAGUGAGGUACUGCAAUAAUAUAUCUCAUGAGCUCUGGUAACCUGCGGGAGAAUGCUGUCAAACUUGUAGAGUUCUUCCUUGAGAUAUGUUCCCCUAAACUCACAUCAUUUGCCCAAGUUUUUGUUUUGAGGUACCAGCAAAAUUUUACAUGCGUAUGCUUCACAACCCUGGUGUUAUUUGACAGCAGGACACUUCUUCACAUUCAGCCAUCAUCCAUUCACAUCACUUGCCUUGCACUGGAAGGGCAAUAGCAAUUGGUGGCUCUUAAACUGACUUGCAAACUGCUAACAGACCCACCAUCAAGGCAGCACUAUACCCUUUUUCUUUUUAAAAAUUGUACUGUACAACUAUAAGUCGGCACCUCCCAAGAGUUGAAUGCGCAGAAAGGAAUACCUUUCUCAUUGAUACUUAAAUAAUAAUAAUCAAAGGAGGACAAGUAGAAGUUGUGACUUCAGCCUGGUAGCAAGCAGUAAAAUGUCACAUUUUCAAUGAAUCUAGAGAAAAUGGAACCAUGUAUAAGAGGUGUUAUUUGAGAGUGGAAAAUGACAAUGAACAAAAACAAAAGCCUUCAUUUUUGUGCUUUCCAGUGUACUUAACACGAUUUUGGUCUAAUGUGUGGUUUACCUGCUAAUCUAGUUGUGUGUCGAUCUAUGUUUCAUACUUGUCAGUGCGUGUGUUCAGAUCAUUGCAGAGAUAGUUUGAGUGAAAUCGAACAGAUACGUUUAAAUGAUUUGUUUCAUUUUCAUUUGUCCUAUUUGCAACCAUCCUCUGUCUUCAAUUCUUCAUCUGCGAUCUGGAACUCAAUCUUGUGCCACCGUAAUUUCUCAGUGUUUUAAAGGUGAUUCCAUUCACCAUCGUAGUAAAAACCCAUUAAUAGUUCUACUUGUAAAAAAAAUAAUAACAAUAACAUGGUGUUGGCAUCCUUGCCUCACAUUUCUAAGGUUUGAAUCUUGGCACUCAUGACAACUCUCAGUAUAUGCACUACAGUUCUACACCGAACACUACAUUUAACUGUGCACAGCAUAUUGAACGACAUCCAUCCAUUUUCUUUACAUCUUAUCCUGACUAACAUUGCAGGGAUGCUGGAGCCCAUCCCAUCUAUCUUUUAUACCCUGAACUAGUCGCCAGCCAAUUACAGGGCACAUGUAGACAAACAGCACAUUGGCACUCACAUUCACAUGUAUGGGCAAUUCAGAGUUAAAUCAACCGAUGAUUCAUAUUUUGGGGAUGUGGGAGGAAACGAGCACCGUGCUGCCAUCCCCAUGAAAUGCCCACAGUAAGCAAAGCACAUCUAAUAUGUCAAACACUGCAACUCUAGUGUUUUCAUUGACUCAUUUCUUGCAUGUCUUGUGGUACGAGCGAAGACAGGGCUGACGGCAUACAAGCUUGCAAAUAAGGAAAUGAGAUUAAGCUAAAAUGUAUCCCCGUUGCUUCAUUAUGCACGUUCCAGUUUAAAUUUAAUACUCAACAUUGAUGUGGUCAGCUGAGAGGAUGACAUGAAGGGUGUGCCUAUACAAGUCAUUGAUCAUUAGAGAAAUUCUUACUCUGUCAGUGGUUAAAAACUAUUAGCUCAGUGCAAACAUUUCUGGACAUUUUCAAAUUUAUAUGGCACAGUCUUUGUGUUUACUGGUCUGAUUAAGACCAAUGUGUCAAAAUGAUUUAGAAUGAAAUUUGGAAAUUGUCACCAUACCACGGCAGACAGGCCAGCUAUCUGGAAAAGGGUGGCAUUCAAAAGCUGAUUUCAGUGAUUUGAAAUUGUAAUGCUUCUGUUAACCAUAUUGCUUGGUACAGGAGAUUUGAAAGUGAGCGACCUAAAAUAGCUGCAGCCUCCCCUAAUAUUGCUGUCGGAAUGGUUGUUUCUGUACCGUUGUUUAUUUCGGUAUCCAAACUCUUUGUGACAUUGGUUUGAAUGAUGGGAUCUAUGAGGCACUGUCAACAAAAGUAUAAUGGGCUUAAUUUUAAUUUCACGUACUAAUAAUUUAUAUAUGCAUACAAUUCUUUCAACUCGAUUCUGUCAUGCAUCAUAAUGUUAGAGGUGCCUCGUUUGUUCAUCACACUGUUGUCUGAGCGUUCCAGGAUUUUUUUUUUUACACAAUGUCCCUCAACAAAGACCUAUUCAAAUGUGUUCUAUGUUGCCAAUAUGUGACUAAUUGGAGUCAUGUCUCUCUCAGCUAUGGUUUUAUCACCUUUGUUUUUUGGAAUCAAAGAAUUCUUGCCCAUCCCAUAGUAACUCAGCCAUCCAUUGUGUUUUGUUUGAAGUGAAUUUUAUCAAAACGUGAUAAACUCCACAGCCAUGUUCAGUCGCGUGGCUUCCAAUGGUUUGUUUCAAGACAACAAUCUGACCUUACGCUUUCCUUAAGGGAGAGCUGAGGUGGAGAAAUGUGGAUUUGUAAAAAAGAGAAGACUGUCUAAGUUGCCUUACACACGCCCCUGUUUCCACGAAACUGGGGUUUUAAACCAUAGUUAUGACAAUCAAGCUGGCAAAGCCAACUGGAGAAAAGCAGCAGCUUAGUGUAUUUCAGUUUUGCACUCGGACUUGACUGUAGCUCGCUGGUUGGACCUUUUGAAGCCAAGCAAAUGUUUGUUUUGUCCUCCUGAAAUACCUCAAUUUGUCCAACACGUAUAAAAUAUAAUGCUUAUUUAUGCAUAUUCUAUUCUAUUCUGCUAACAGAGAAUCUAUUUCAAAUCAUAUUUUUUUUAUAAUUUCACAUUGUGUAUCCACACAUUUCAAGAGUAGAAAUGUGGAAUUCUAUAAGCAAUAGCAUUUUAAUUAUUUUUUUUUUUGUGACUGACAGGGCAAAUUGGGAAUGUAGCAGUCCAUUUAAAAUUUUUAUUUUCAUUUUUUUCCCUUUGUUAUUGUUUUUCACUAUGCUACGUCCCACAUUCAGGCUGCUGCAUUCACGUUUUUAUGUGAUUCAAACUGAUCAUGCCUAUGUGAUGAACCUUUUUAUGAUUGCAUUAUUGCAGAUCCUUCAUAGUACCUGAAAUUACUUGAAGUGUAUGUGCCUGUAAUGUUACCUUAAUGAUACAUUGAUAAAUCCCCUUUUACACUCUGAUAAAACCAAACUGAAGCCCUAAAAUUUGCCUAGUUUAUUGAUUAUUUUUGCUAAAAUUCCUUGGUGAUGUGCAUUGAAAACUUUAAAGCACAAAACGAACUCUGUCUGGUAUUCUUUGUCUAAGACAGUGAUGUUAAACUCAUUUUUUGUCACAGGCCUCACUGAUUACAGUUCUCCUCAAAGGGCUGUUAUGACUGUGAAACCAUAAAAAUAUGUAACGGCCUCAUCAUAUUUACACAUGGACUUUAUGAACUAGUUUUGGAAUCAGAAAUCAAGAGUAAUGGAAUUUUCAACGAUAGUUGAUGCUUAGUAACACAAAAAUGCUAGCAAUAUCUUAAUGUUAUCAUUUAUGACAAUUGGAAUUUUUUUUUUUUUAAUCAUGGAAGUUGAUACACAUGAUUUGGCUUCGUGGGCCACAUAAAAUCAUGCAGUGGGCUGUAUCUGGCCCCCGGGUCUUGGGUUUGACACCUGUGGACUAAGAUGAGGGCCAUCAGCUGGUCAAAAAGAAAAAAGUCAGCGGGCACUCCAAGUCCAAUAUCAAUACAAGAUUCAUAGUCAAUUACAGGCUAGAAUGCACAAAAAUAGCAUUUUUGUGUGAGAAAAACAUAUCACUUAGUAAUUUCUGCCUUGAAUAAAUAUUGUUCAGAGCAAUAUUUAUUUGUCACAUCUCAUCUAACUUUAUGCAUUCCAAAAAAAAAAAUCAUGGUUGAGCCAAUUUGUCACCUUUGGAUGUGCCUUUAUUUUCUUGUAACAUCUUAAUUGUUGUGCAUGUCAGAUCUUGCCAUGGAUGAAUGAUUUUACGAUACAAAUAAUAUUCCUAUCUGUGAUAAGGAAUUAUGAGAUAGAGAAAAAUGGUUUACCUGUUGAUUCAAUGGCAACUUUAAUUCUUAUGGUUGAAAAAAAUGUCACUUUAUUGGUUGUACGUAUAUUUACUUGAAAUAUUAAAUUGAUUUUAA